AUGGCGGACAUCUUGCUGAAGCCAAUUCGUUCCUCGCUGGGCGUCCCCUUCUCUCGGCUCGCAUUGACAGCAAACGCCAAUGGAGAAUGUACAGUCUACGCCCUAGGUACCCCCUCAUCAUCAAACCAGCAGACGAUCCUGACGGCCGAGAUCGGGCCCUCGGCCAGCCAAGUCGUCGUCCUGAAGCCGCUUUUGCAGCAUGAGCAUUUUCGGAACAGCAAGAGCGCCGAAUUCUCGCUACAAUGUGAGCGUCAACGUGUCUCGGCCGUGGCCGGCAUCUCCGACUUCCAGAUCCACUCACAAGCGCCCUAUUCCCUGCUCUUCACCACUGGCGCCGAGAUCGUACAAUGUGCAUUCGAUGGUGCACCCCCUUCUGGCCCUCGACUGACGGGUGUUUGGGGCGAUCCGAAGGGCCAGGCAUUCGUCUUCGACGCCCAGCUCUGCCCGAUCGACCCCGGAUUGAUAGCCUUCGUCGCCGAGCGGCAAAUCCACGUGCACCGAUCGGGUCGCCCAAUCUUCGUCUCGCACUCCGAGCGCCACAUCUCCAAUGGAGUCCCAUCAUUUGUCACACAGGAGGAAUUCGACCGCUUCAACGGCAUUUGGUGGUCUCCGGCGUGUAGUCGGCUGCUCUAUGAACAGGUAAACGAGGGCGACGUGCACACACUGACAUUCGAUUGCCCUGGGAAAGAGCCGAGCGAUCCGAUGAGAUACCCGGUGGCCGGCAGUCCGAAUGCCCAUUCCAGUCUCAGGAUGUUGUUCAUCAACGGAGACAUGGUGGAAGAUCGUGGGCUGCGCGUCGAGCUGAAAGAUCGAUUCCCGUGGCUCGAAUAUCUCGCCAGAGCCGGCUUCUUGUCCGACGGCAAAACGGUGUGGAUCCAGGCGGCGAAUCGUGCCCAAACGAAGCUGUGCUUGAUCCUGAUCCCCGAAUGGGAGUGGCAGGGCCAUUCGCCUCCAUUCGACCGUUCCGAGUUGGCCUGUCUCCCCACAUCUCCACUCAUCCUCUUCGACGAGUUCUGCGAGUCGUGGCUCAAUUCUCACAAUCUGAUCGAGCCGUUGCCCCUCGAGCAUCCCCAGCACAUUUCAUUCAUCUACGGCACUGAGUCGCUAUCCGACUGCCAUUUGUGCCGUCUCGACUCCGAGAUUCGACCAACCGGCCAACUGCUCGCCACGCAAGAGCGCCGACUCACCCACGGACCAUGGUCUGUGUGCAAAUCGGCGGGUGUUGUGGUGGAUUCGGUGCGUGGCCACGUCUUCUUCGUCGCCAACAUCAACGGGCCACUCGAGAUGACCAUCUGCGUGACGGGAUAUCGUGACACGACACAGCGUUCCGUUCAACGCCUCACCGAGCAGGGAUGGAAUUACAAAAACGAGCGAACGGCGUCGAGUCUGGCGCUGAUCCCGGGCGUGGGCUUCGUCUGCUGGCUGUCCCAUUUGGAUGGACCCCCGCAGUGCAGUAAAAACAAUUUUUUUUUCCGAUUCCACGUGCUUCACUACCCGACCGACGGAGGGCUGCCCACUUCCGAAGUGCUUUGCCAGUUGGACACGAUCGGCUGCACGAUUUCGCGUCGUUUCCACGCUGUCGACCGUCCCCUUCUCAUCGACUACAAAUCACGGAAUAGUGGACGGACACAUUACGCCCUUCUGCUGCGACCCCGUGAACAUGCGACAGACCGGGAGGGCACUCGAUAUCCCGUCGUUCACCAUGUCUACGGUGGCCCCGGCAUUCAGACGGUUCGAGCCGAUUGGGCCAUUUGGGUGCAGCUGCUGAAAUUCUCGGAUCUGGGGUUCUGCGUGUUGCUGGCCGACGGACGGGGAUCACAGAAUCGGGGCAAAGAUUUCGAGGCACCCCUCAAAGUGGCGCUGGGCACCGUCGAGGUGGCCGAUCAAAUCGAGGCGUUGAAUGAGGUGGCUCUGCGGACUUGUUGCAUGGAUUUGACCCGAGUGGCCGUCCAGGGCUGGAGCUACGGUGGCUUCAUCUCGCUCAUGUCAAUUGCCAAACACCCGGAAAUCUAUCGAGCAUGUGUGGCUGGGGGUGCUGUCACGGAUUGGAGACUCUACGAUACUGCCUACACCGAGAGAUAUCUGGGCUAUCCGCUGUUCGAUUCGGUGUUGAAACAGUGCUCGGUGGUCGGCGUCGUCGACAAGCUGCCCGAUGAGCCGGGUCGUGUGAUGAUCGUCCACGGUCUACUCGAUGAGAAUGUCCAUUUUCGACACACGGAGGCGUUGAUCGAGGCGAUGCUCAAGGCCGGCAAACCAUAUCAACUGCAGAUCUACCCGUCAGAACGACACGGCAUCCGCUCAUCCGAAUCAGCCGCCCACCUCGACGCCACCUUCAUCCACUUCAUCUGCAAGGCGUUCGACGGA